AUCAUUUUGGCGUAACUGAUAUUCUAAACGAGUUGACGUCAUGUUUUAGAUUAUAUAAUCGUUGUAUAGAAUUGAAUGAAACAUCAAUAAAUAAAAUUUUAUAUAAUAGUUAUUUAGUUUCAUACAAAAUUUUUUCUACGUCCGUAGACUUAAAAAAACUGUGGGCAUUAUUAAUUUGAACAAAUAAUAUCUAAGCUUACAUUAAAAUAUUUUGCUAGCAUACCUUAUGUAUGAGAUAAUGAUCGUCUGGAGCUUGCAACAGAAACUUAUCAAUUUCUUCACAGGCAAAUGUUUUAGAUUCUUUGAGUCUAUAGCCAACUGAUUUAGUUAUUUACUAUUAGGGUGCCUUUUAGUUUUGAAUAAGUCGACCAAAGUGUUAAAGACUAGAAAUACUCUUUCCGUCAAGCUGAAACUCCUUUUAAUUAGACACAAAACGUAUUUUCUUGAACGAAUAUCAAGAGAAAUAAAAGUGUGACAGUUUAUAGGAGAAACUAAUUGACAUGAGAAAGAAAUCGUUCACAUCCCAUUAUUUUGAUAAAACAAUUUUAUAAUUGCGUUAAAAAAUGACACGUUAUGGUACUUUUUUUCACGCUUUUUAACCGAUUCAGAAAUUACAUUCUUUAUAAAUCCAAAUGAAUAAAAGAAACGUGAAUAUUAUAACGGACGUUUAUUCCCUUGUUUCUUAUUGAUAAAUUCCCCGUACUUAAUUGCCACACCUCGUAGUAGUUGUUGUAAAAUACAAACCGCGGAAAGAUGUAUUGAUGUGUAAUAGUUUGCUUAUCAAUGAAACGUUUCUGUAAAUAAAGAUUAUUUUAUAUGAAAUGCCAAAUAACGGGUGAAAAUCAAGAUUCUCAGCGGUAGACGAAAUAUUCUACGAAAACAAGGCUUAAAACUGUUUCUAAUAGAUAGCCUAUCCUAGUAUAGAUAUGUGUCAAAUAUAACUCACGAUAGACGUUUGUCGUAAACUGAAUUUUUGGAAAACAUUUUUUUUAUCUCGAGAAAUUUUAGCUACAAAUUUGGUCAAAUUACAAUGUUUCCUGCAUUAGAUUAUGGAUAGUUAUUGGCAAGACUCGAUCCCGAUAGAAGUAGUGUCCGAAAUUUUCAAGUAUUUAUCUAGAACGGAUAGACUGUCGUGUUCAGUAGUUUGCCAAAAAUGGAAAUAUGCAUUAUGUAGACAAUACUUAUGGGAAACCAUUGUACUUCGUGUGGAUAAAGAUUUUCUGGAACCAAGUACCACUUUGCUGGUAAGAGAAUAUUACAGACACAUAAAAACAUUAGAAAUAGGAUGGGAUAAACCUCUGGUGCAAAAUAGAUGGCUGCCACUUAAAGUGCAUGAUUUGACGAAAAGAAUGGUACACUUUAUAUUUAUAUUGUACGAAAACUGCGUUCAACUCAGUUGCUUCAGGUUCUUUGAUUGGCACGAUAUAUACGCUUUCAAGAAAAUUAUUUAUCAUUUGAGUAGGUUUUUGAAGAUACAAUCGAAUUUGAAAAAGCUGAUAUUCCACAAUAUUAAUUUACCAAAAAAUGAAUGUUUGCGAAUCCUCAACGCCUGCGUGGGAUCCAAAUUAUCGGUGACACAUUUAGAAAUUCACAACAACUAUUACAAUUUUAACACGGCAUUCGAUACAAUCGAAUUCGUGGUGUUUUUAGAAGAAUUUUUAUGUUUAACGGAAUUGAGAUUGGAUUAUUUUAUUCUCUCAAGACCGAAAGUCAUGGAUGUGAUAACGGAAAAUGGUAAAGAUCGACUGAAAUUUUUGGAAAUUUAUUUUGAUGAAACAGAUCUUCAUAGCAUCAUAAUUCCGGAAAACAAGUGGAGAAAAUUAAACAAAUGCUGUCCUGAUAUCAAGGUCUCCAUAAAAAUAAGGAAUAUCUGCCAUUAUGAACAAAUAGAAUUCAUCUUCUUGAUGGAUACCAUACCACUAAAUUCAUUCACAAUGGUGACUAGCUACAAAUUCGAUCAAAAAGUUAGCCGAAAUUUCGGAACUACUCUUCACCGUUUAAUUAAUAACUACCAUAAUACUAUAGAAAGAAUAAAUUUGGAUCUCAAAAACAACAGGGAAAAUCUAGACGACGUUCUUCUGGAUAUCAUCUUGAAAUGUCCCAAAUUGAAGACCUUAUUUUUUGAUGGGAUCGUGAAUGAUAAUAUGAAUCUAUUUCAUGAAAUAUGUCAUUAUAAACAAACUGCGAAGGGAAUCCACAUGAAGGUUUUGCCGAACAAGUAUAAAUCUUUAACUAAUGUAGUACACAUGUUUUCUUAACUGUCUAAAUAAAUUUUUCAAAUUGU